GUGUUUUUCAGAAAGUUUAGAAAAGGAGAAUGCAGAACUGAAGCAAGAAAAUGAUCAACUUGUAGAACUGAAACAAGUUCAUGAUCAAUUUCUAAAGAAAUUUAGGCCUGGUGGUUUUUUCAACACUUGUUGCAGAGAGAAGAUGGUUUUGCUUGGGUUCAGUCCUUUAUUAAUUGCUUCGCUGUUCGUCAACUUUGUGUUUUCAAGAAGCUUGAUCAAAAGUGUUUCCAUGAAGAGUAUUGUGGUUAUUUCAGGGAUCAGUGACUACGUGUGCUGUUGUGAACCAGGAAUAGAUUAUGCUGAAAUUCUGAAGAAAUUAAAUGCGGUGGGGUAUGUUACAAACAGAGUAUGGCAACAGAUUUGUGAAGCCAAAACUGAAGUGACCCUGAAUCCUGCCACAGCUGGCCCAGGACUCACAGUUAAUGUAGAUGACUCCCUGGUGAAAUUCACAGGGGUGAGAGAAGCAGAGUGGCCCAGUGUGCUGGGCAGGGAAGUGUUCACCUCAGGGAGACACUACUGGGAGGUGGAGGUGGGAGAGAAGGGCUACUGGGCUGUGGGGGUCUCCACACACCCUGGAGAAAAGAUCAUACCUGAGAAACCAGAGGAGGGCUACUGGCUCAUGAGGCUGUCAGCAAGAGGGAGGAAGUAUGAAGCAGUGGGCAAGAGCCUAUUCACUAACCCUCCUCCAUCCCUACAAGACAGCCAGCCCUCUCUCCUUCUCACACUGGAACACAAGCUAUAUAAAGUGGGGAUGUAUCUGAACUAUUGUAAAGGGGAAUUGUCGUUUUACAAUGUCUAUGAUGCAGACAAUAGAUAUGCAAUGCACACUUUUAAAUACAACUUCACUGAGGUGGUUUACCCUGUCUUCAGCCCAGGCUGUCACGAUAAAGGACCUUUGAAAAUCACCAGGUUUGAUUAAACAUCAAACUCUCCAUUCAGAAUUACAAUUUAGCAAUGCUAUAGCCACAGCAUUGCUUUAUCUACAGCAUCACAAUACAGCAUUGCUAUAUAUAUAUAUAU